CGCAAGUGACCAGCCCAUCUGGUUAGUGACCGCAACCGGUAAUGCCGAUCAGCUGAGGCAGUCCGACGGGAAUUCCUUGAUCCGACGCCAGAUUCCCUACUUCUCCACCGGGAUAAUUCUCAAAGAAUGUCAAUAAUCACCAGCAUUCCUCGGUACGAGAGAACGGCGAAGAUCUCAAGCACUUUUGACACGGGACCUGCUCCGUUCUCUUUAGUGAGAAAUCGGAAUGACGUCGCUUUUCCGAGGACGACCGGAGGGACUCAUGAGGGUACAUUUGGUGGAUACUCGGCUAAUCCGUUGCACCACUCAAGGGGCCCUUGUGGCGCCGGUUCCGCGGAUGAAGCCGACGGCAACAUUCGGACUCUCAUUUCACCUUCUUCUUUUGACCGUUUUAGGGGUCUUGGCACGUGCGAUUUGAUGGAGACAGUAAGACCUGACUGGCUCAUUAUUGGAUAUGAGGUUAUCCACUGGGAUGAUGACCCAUCCACGGAUGAUGUUAAAAACUGCAAGUCUACCCCAACGACAUCGAAUCAUACAAUCCUGAAAAAUUUUUCUGUUAUGUCCUGCUUUCAUUCCCCUUUCUCACUUUUCUAUGGCCCCUUCCCAUUCUCCACCGUCAUCCGCAUAACCUGCGAGAGCGCUCGCACGCACACCAAACCAGGUCGACCCGAGUAGCAAGAGGCAAACUGCCUCAACCCAAAGCGCCAUGAGGAGAGCUAUCCUGCAUCUCCCAGUCCCUUAAGACUAGCCUUAUCAUUCCCAAUGCGACACAGUCCACAUCGGACAUCUAUCCGGCUCUUCACACUCAAUCGAGAGUG